AUGCUCUUCCUCCAGUCGCUGACCGCCGCAACACUCGCUGCCACCAGCAUGGCCUUCAAGCUACCCGCUGGACUACAAGACGGGUCCUACGUAGCGUACACGGACGAUUCCGGAGAGGACGUCUUCGAGCCCUUUACACCGCAGCUGGCAGCACGACUGAACAUCACUCAUGACACGCCCGGAAUCUCGCCGCCAACUCGCCGUGAACCAGGCCAGGGUAUUACUCGGCGUGGACGAAGCAGCAGCGCUCUCGACGCCCGCUCUGACUACCACUGGUUUACUUGGUGUGGAUGCGGCUUCGACCUCAACCACGCCAACUGCGAUCGCGCCGUGCAAGGCAUCAAGGACCAGUGUGGCAAGGGCUGCAACCUCCCUCACGCACAGGCAUGGUUCACUAUAGCAGACGACGUCGUGGCUUUCCUCUGUGACGGAGGCGUUGCCAGCGCCGAUAGAAUCACGACGGCCGCUGCCAAAAUCACUGAAAAAUGCGGUUGGUAUAUUGCCGGCACGGCAAUGUUCGAAGAGGGCCUGUUUUACGAGCUGAACAUUGGCUACAUGCGCUACUCACCCGGCCUGGACUUUUGUGCUGACGCCGCGUCGUCGCCUGUGGCCUUUUGUCCCCAUUGA